AAAAAAGAUAGCUAAAAAAUUUUUAAAAAAAUUAUCGUAUCAACGCACCCCACUAGUCCUUUGAUUUUCUCUUGUUUUUCCAUCAUCUCCUCUCUCUAUUUCUCCUCUUCUUUGCUUCACUGUCACUGUUUCUCAUCUCUGUAUACACCAAAAAAGGAAAACCCAGAAAAAAAAGCUUUAAAAAUCUUGUCUUUUUAGCUCUGCUAAUUCACUGCUUAAUAACAAACCCAUUUUCUAUUUAUAAAACAAACUGAUAGUUAUUAACCCAUUAUAUUCCCUUCCUUUUUUGUUUGCUGGGGCUUCUUCAAAUCGGAAGAAGCUCUGCAAAUUUCGAUUUUGUUUGGAAAUUUUUUUGGGGUUAAGUUUUGGAGUUGAAAUGUGGAGCAAAGAGCUGUUUUUCGGGGUUCUAAAGUCGAUUGGAGAAUCGGGGGAGAUUUGAUGGAAUUAGAAGUGUUAAUGCUCUGCUUUUUGGUCAUUUCAUGGAGGUUAUAAUCCGGUUUGGUUCAAGCACCGUAACCAGAUUUGAUUUUAAGCUUCGAUUUGUUGCCUUUGUAUUCGAGAUUUUAUUGAUAUUGUUAUGGUUUGGAGCUGCUACCGCCAAAUUUCCGGAGCAUCAUCUGCAAUGGGAAGGCCCAGAAAGAGGAAGUAGUGAAAACAUUGUCUCACAUUCAUGUAUUCAUGACCAAAUAAUUGAGCAGAGGAGGCGACCAGGUCGUAAGGUUUACUCCGUUACCCCUCAAGUUUAUGACCACUCUGGUAUCUCAAAUCAUGUCCAUCGCAAAGGAAGGUCGUUGCUUGGGAUUCGUGAAUUGCUUGGUCAUCCAAAGGAUGCUAAGCAACCUAUAAGGAUAUAUUUAAAUUACGAUGCCGUUGGCCACUCUCAGGAUAGAGAUUGUCAAAAAGUUGGAGACAUUGUGAAGCUUGGGGAGCCUCCUGUGAAUUCUCCUCCUGGCACACCCUCCUGCAAUCCUCGAGGUGAUCCUCCAAUUUAUGGUGACUGUUGGUAUAAUUGCACUUUGGAUGAUAUUUCUGGGGAGGACAAACGCCGUCGCCUUCGCAAGGCUCUAGGGCAGACAGCUGACUGGUUCAAGAGAGCCUUGGCUGUAGAGCCUGUGAAAGGGAAUUUGAGACUGAGUGGAUAUUCUGCAUGUGGUCAAGAUGGAGGGGUACAGCUUCCUCGUGAAUAUGUUGAAGAGGGUGUUGCUGAUGCCGACUUGGUACUUCUUGUGACUACAAGACCUACCACUGGCAAUACUUUGGCAUGGGCAGUAGCGUGUGAACGGGACCAAUGGGGCCGUGCAAUUGCUGGUCAUGUGAAUGUUGCUCCUCGACAUUUAACAGCUGAAGCAGAGACUUUACUUUCAGCUACUCUUAUCCACGAGGUUAUGCAUGUUCUUGGCUUUGACCCACAUGCUUUUGCCCACUUUAGGGAUGAGAGGAAAAGGAGGCGUAGUCAGGUUACUGAACAUAUCAUGGAUGAAAAGCUUGGGAGGAUGGUAACACGCGUGGUGCUUCCACGUGUUGUCAUGCACUCACGACAUCAUUACGGGGCAUUCUCAGAAAAUUUUACAGGCUUAGAGCUAGAAGAUGGGGGAGGACGUGGCACAUCAGGAUCUCAUUGGGAAAAAAGGCUUUUGAUGAAUGAGAUAAUGACGGGAUCUGUGGAUACAAGAUCAGUAGUUUCGAAAAUGACUCUGGCUUUGUUGGAGGAUAGUGGAUGGUAUCAAGCUAACUAUAGCAUGGCAGAUCGUCUUGAUUGGGGUCGCAACCAAGGAACUGAGUUUGUUAUUUCUCCUUGCAAUCUCUGGAAGGGGACAUACCAUUGCAACACAACCAGUUUGUCUGGCUGUACAUAUAACAGGGAAGCAGAGGGUUACUGUCCUAUUGUAAGUUAUAGUGGGGACCUGCCUCAAUGGGCUCAGUAUUUUCCUCAGGCUAACAAGGGUGGUCAGUCCUCGCUGGCUGAUUAUUGCACGUACUUUGUGGCUUACUCUGAUGGAUCUUGUACAGUCACGAACAGUGCAAGGGCCCCAGACAGAAUGUUAGGUGAAGUGAGAGGGAGUAACUCCAGGUGCAUGGCUUCAUCCUUAGUACGUACUGGUUUUGUGCGGGGUUCCUUGACCCAAGGAAAUGGUUGUUAUCAGCACAGAUGUGUAAAUAACUCUUUAGAGGUUGCUGUGGAUGGUAUUUGGAAAGUGUGUCCAAAAGCUGGUGGACCAGUUCAGUUCCCUGGUUUUAAUGGUGAACUGAUUUGUCCUGCUUACCAUGAACUCUGUAGUACUGGCUCUCUUUCUGUGUCUGGGCAAUGUGCGAAUUCUUGUAAUUUUAAUGGUGACUGUGUCAAUGGAAAAUGUCAUUGCUUUCUUGGAUUUCAUGGUCAUGAUUGUAAUAAAAGAUCUUGCCCUAAAAAUUGCAAUGGGCAUGGAAAGUGCCUGUCAAAUGGGGUCUGUGAAUGUAAAAAUGGUCAUACUGGCAUUGACUGCUCCACUGCUGUUUGCAAUGAACAAUGCAGCCUUCAUGGUGGUGUCUGUGACAAUGGAGUUUGUGAGUUUCGCUGCUCUGAUUACGCGGGCUACACAUGCCAGAACAGCUCCACUCUCAUCUCUAGUCUUUCAGUAUGUAAAAAUGUGUUGGAGAGGGAUUUCUCUGGGCAACACUGUGCACCCAGUGAGGCAAGUAUAUUACAGCAGCUAGAAGAAGUAGUUGUCAUGCCCAAUUACCACCGUCUAUUCCCCAGUGGUGCUCGAAAGUUGUUUAAUAAUCUCUUUGGAAGCAGCUAUUGUGAUGCAGCUGCCAAGCAACUAGCCUGCUGGAUUUCGAUCCAAAAAUGUGACAAUGAUGGGGACAACAGACUACGGGUAUGCCAUUCAGCAUGUCAGUCAUAUAAUUUAGCGUGUGGAGCAUCACUAGACUGCUCAGACCAAACUCUCUUUAGUAGUGAGGAGGAAGGCGAGGGUCAAUGCACCGGCUCCGGCGAUAUGGAGCUAUCAUGGUUUAAUCGCUUGCGUAGUAGUUUAUUUUCAAGCAAUACGUCUUUGAAAGGAACGUCUGUAAAAUAUAGGCAGUUUUAACCCCCACCCCCCUUCCCCCAUUUGUUCUAAUUUUGGCUUGUAAUUUUUCUAGGGUUCGAGUGUAGGAAAGGUGGCACGUAAGACUGUGCCCAUACUUGUAGAGUUGCUCUGUCCUUGGCCCAAAAAUCAAUCGGAAAUUUUGGGCAGGAUCAGGCUUUCCAAGAUGAAAGCCCCAUGCAGAGAAAAUUGAAAAUGUAUUGAAAAACAAGGAAAAAUAUAAGGAAAGUAAAAAAGAAUGCUCUUCUGAGCCGGUAAUCAGAUGUUUGGCCGAAGGCCUUCACAGGAAAGGAAAAUGUCUUAAUAUUUUUCUGUUUAUUUUUGUAAUCCAACUACCCCAUAAAAGUUGUGGCUACAGCAAAGCUUAUGGCUUCUUCUCUUCGUCUUUGGUUCUUGAAUUUUCAUUAGAUCGGAAAAAAAUGCGUUCAUAUUUACACAACAUCAUCUACUUUCGCACCAAACAAACCAGCCACAAUCUUUAAAACUGA